AAGACAGCGGAAUAGACCGUAGACUACAGGAUGAGCGGCAUGCACACGCUGCAGGUGACGCUGGUACGCGCAGUCGACCUUGCGGCCAGUGACUUUGGCUUCAUGGGAAUGGGCGGCAAGAGCGACCCGUACGUGGUAUUCAAAGUGGGGCGCGUGAGCCAGAAGAGCUCGGUAGUGCAGAGCAGCCUCAACCCGCGCUGGGAACCGGCCGAGACGUUCCAGUUCCAAGUAGACCGCCCCAAGGAGAAAUGCCUCGAAGUGCACGUGAUGGACUACGAUCGCUUCAUGAAAGAUGACUGCAUUGGCAAUGCCAACCUUGCACUGGCCCCAUUCCUCGAGAAGAAGCAGUCCGAAGUCGUGUCUUACGAGCUGGAGGUGCCUCCUGACUACGACAAGCAGAAGCGCAAGUCUGUGCUCUUCCUGGAGAUCAAAGUGACUCCCAACGAGCAAGUGGACCAAGUGUUAGAGCUCUGGGAGAACCAGCGUUACCAUAUUGUCAAGAAGUGGACCACAGACACGCACAUAUCUGGCUCUACCGAACGCAAACGCUGGAGCUCCAUCACGGAUGCUAAUAUCACGUCUAAUGCCUUUGAGGAGAUUGCGCCUAAGGUGCCGAGUCAUCUCACGGCUGAAGGAUGGACCCUCGACGUAUCGCAGGGAGACGACAAUGGCUGGAUCUACGCGCCGUCCUUCGCCGGACCCUGGCAGAAGGAUCCCUUCACAUUAGCAAUGGUGCGACGACGCAAGUGGAUCAACAGAUGCACAGCUCCAGACAAUCAGUAA